GACUGAUUUGGUUCGCAAAGUCUAAAACCAUUGAGAAAAAAGUGACCCUCUCACCGAUCCAACAUACAAACAAACAAACAAAGUCAUUUGCCUUAAAAUUUCCCCUUUUUUUCCUCAGCAAUCGCCGUUAGAUCCAAAUCCUUCCGCCGGCGAUCACGAUGUGGCCCGCCGUCCGAUCCUCCCCCUCCUCUUAUCUCGCCGCUGCCCUUCUCAUCUCUUCAUUUCUCUUUAUCUCUUCACCGGUGUUCGCUUCCGAGUAUGAUCACAAGUAUCAACCAGAUGAACCAAUUACCCUUUGGGUGAAUAAAGUCGGGCCUUACAAUAAUCCACAAGAAACAUACAACUAUUACAGCCUUCCAUUUUGUGGUCGCCCUGUUACUCCUGCGCAUAAGUGGGGUGGUUUAGGUGAAGUAUUGGGUGGAAAUGAGCUUAUUGAUAGCCAAUUUGAAAUCAAGUUCCAAAAGAAUGUGGAGAAGAGUACAAUUUGUGAGCUGAAACUCGAUGAAGCAAAUGUUAAGCACUUUAAGGAAGCUAUUGACAAUAACUAUUGGUUUGAGUUUUUCAUGGAUGAUCUUCCAUUAUGGGGAUUUGUUGGCGAGCUACAUUCUGAUAGGAACAGCGAUAACAAGCAUAUGAUAUUCACACAUAAGAAUAUCACUCUACAAUACAACAAAGAUCAGAUCAUUCAUGUCAAUCUCACUCAAGAGAACCCAAAACCCUUGGAAGUUGGGAAGACACUAAACAUGACUUACUCAGUCAAAUGGACAGAAACCAACAUCACAUUUGCACGCCGAUUUGAUGUUUACUUGGAUUACCACUUUUUUGAGCAUCAGAUUCAUUGGUUUUCCAUAUUCAAUUCAUUCAUGAUGGUUAUCUUCCUGACUGGAUUGGUUUCCAUGAUUCUGAUGCGGACUCUUAGAAAUGACUAUGCAAAGUAUGCUCGGGAAGAUGAUGAUCUGGAGAGUCUGGAAAGAGAUGUAAGUGAGGAAUCCGGUUGGAAGCUUGUGCAUGGAGAUGUUUUCCGGCCACCUCGCAAUUUGGUUUUGUUGUCAGCAGUUGUUGGAACUGGUGCUCAAUUGGCACUAUUGAUUCUUCUUGUUAUCUUGUUUGCAAUUGUUGCAACAUUAUAUAUUGGGAGAGGAGCAAUUGUGACAACAUUUAUAGUUUGCUAUGCUCUCACAUCAUUUGUCUCUGGAUACGUCAGUGGUGGCAUGUAUUCGCGCCACGGUGGGAAGAAUUGGAUAAAAUCAAUGAUCCUAACUGCAUCACUUUUCCCAUUGUUAUGCUUUGGAAUCGGGUUCGUCUUAAACACGAUUGCUAUAUUUUACGGGUCUCUAGCCGCAAUCCCAUUCGGCACAAUGGUGGUGGUUUUCGUCAUUUGGGCUUUCAUCUCUUUCCCACUCGCUCUUCUCGGCACAGUCGUGGGAAGGAACUGGAGCGGGGCCCCAAACAACCCGUGUCGCGUUAAAACCAUCCCCCGCCCGAUUCCCGACAAAAAAUGGUACCUCACACCGUCAGUAGUCUCAAUAAUGGGAGGGCUCCUACCCUUUGGCAGCAUUUUCAUCGAAAUGUACUUUGUCUUCACAUCCUUCUGGAAUUACAAGGUGUACUAUGUUUAUGGGUUUAUGCUGCUUGUGUUCAUCAUUCUUGUGAUUGUGACUGUUUGUGUGACGAUUGUGGGAACGUAUUUUCUGCUGAAUGCGGAGAAUUACCACUGGCAAUGGACUUCGUUCUUUUCAGCAGCCUCUACGGCUAUUUACGUCUACUUGUAUUCCAUAUAUUACUACUCUGUCAAGACUAAGAUGUCGGGAUUCUUCCAAACCAGCUUCUACUUUGGAUACACGGCCAUGUUCUGUCUCGGUUUAGGAAUCCUCUGUGGAGCGGUUGGGUAUUUGGGGUCGAAUCUGUUUGUGAGACGGAUCUACCGAAAUAUCAAGUGCGAUUGAUUGAUUGAUUGAUGGAAGAAAGAUUCCCCGGUUUUGUAGUUUAAUAUGUGGAUACCAAAUCAAGGGUCUAAAUGGGGGUUUAUUAUAUAUAUAUAUAUAUGUAAGCUAUGCUUUGAGGAAAAUUAGUGUCAUGGGAAGGAAAGGAAUGUAGAAAAAUGCAAUGGAAUGGGAAGGUAUUGUUUUCUUAUUAUCAAGAGAAAGGGGGACGGUGUGGGGGUAGCAUGGUUUGAGUUGAAGAUUGUUGAACAAGUUGUUAUAUACAUGUUCUAGUGUAUUCUUCUUAUUGAUAGGCGAUUUCAAAAAAUAAACGCUUUUAACUCUUUUUAAAUUUUUUUUUAAUCAUCACAUUAUUCCUUGUUUUAGGGAUAUUUA